AUGGCAAACAACACCCCAUCGCCCAACCCCACACUCCAUGCCGUACUCAGGCCGCCAACAUCCAACGUACCCAGGUCAACCGCAGCAGGUAAUUCCGACCUCAUCAAAAUGCUGCACCCCAUAACCCUCCUCUCGGCCCUAACUUCCACCCGCACGACCCUAAAACCCUCCAUCGUCGGCGGCACCGAGGUCUCAAUCACAGACUACCCCUACCAAAUCGCGCUCCUCAACGGCGGCGCCUGCACCUGCGGCGGCAGCAUAAUCAGCCCCAACCACAUCGUCACAGCGGCGCACUGCGUCCGCAGCGCCCGCGACCCAAGCCACAUCUCCAUCCGCGCGGGCUCAUCCUUCCACAACACCGGCGGGGAAAUCGUCAAUGUCUCGGCAAUUGCCGUACACCCGGCGUACAGCGCGGGGAUGGUAGACAACGACAUCGCGGUCCUAACGCUGGGCCAGGCGUUGGAAUUCAAGCCGGGCAUUGAGCCCAUUGCGCUGCCGGCGUCGGGGUCAACGGCGCUAGCCGCGGGCGAGGAAGUUGUUGUCUCCGGGUGGGGCACUGAAACUGAGACGGGGAGCUUGUCGCGCGUGCUCAGGGCUGUGGCUGUGGCCGUGACCACCAUGGCGGAAUGCAGGGCUGCGCAUGGGGAGAAGUACAUCACGGAGAGUAUGUUCUGUGCCGGGGUUGCUGGGGGCGGGAAGGACGCGUGCUAUGGGGAUAGUGGGGGGCCGGUGGUGGGUGGCGGGGUGCUGGUUGGGGUUGUUUCGUGGGGGAAGGGCUGUGCGCGGCCUGGCUAUCCCGGGGUUUAUGCCAGUGCGGCUUACUUGAGGGAUUUUAUUGCGGCGGUUGCUGGGGUUUGA